AUGAAUAUGUAAUGUACAUUAAACAACGAGAUUCUCCGUUGCUAAACGCCUUCAACGGAUGAAACAAAUUAUGAUAUAAUAGAAUAGCAAUACUAUUUGACUUAAAUAAUUGAAUUAAUAUUUGUGGAGAACUACACAUAUAAAGAAUUGUAAAAGUACUUUACUUACACAUUCUAAUAUAUAGAAUAAUAUGAUUUCUUUUAUGAUUAGAUCUCCAAAUCUGUUAGGAUUUACAUGGAAAAAAUUGUUUACCAUAUAAAGUAAUUUUCUUUUAUUACAAAACCUAUUGAUAUCAAGCAUCUCAAAGAUUAUGUCUCUAUAAUCAAAGAGUUGGAAAAAUCCUUUAAGGUUACGUAAUUAAAGCAUAAAGAAUUGUAAGAACUAGUGAAAUCAUUUUCACACAAAGAAAAAAAAUGUUAAUCAAUUCAUUGUUUCAGACUUAUGAAAUUUUCUUUUACAAAUAUCGUUUUGAAGAAUAAAGAAGUAAAUGACUUUUUGACUUCAUUGAAAUAAGUUUUAGAUAAAAGGUUUUAUUCAUAAACUUUAAAAUAUUCUAAAACAAAGGAUCGAUUAUAGUUAUUUAUAUAGCUCAUAAAUGAAAAAUAAUAGGAUUGCUUAAGUUCUUUUGAAGAUACUAAAAAAUGGAGAUCUUCUUUUAGAGUAAAUAAAAACAACAAUGAAGAUGAUUUUGUAAUUGUUGAAAGUAGUUCUGGGACUCGAAAAAAAGUUUAAUAAGAAAGUAAUGUAAAACUUAAUGAAUAUAAAUAAUUUGAAUAAAACCUAGAAAAAUAUUUCUAGUCUAAAGCAGAUAUAGAAAAAAUGGAAAUAAAUGUUUCUUAGGAGUGGGUAAAUCGAUUAAAACAAAAAACCAAAAAAAAAUGAAUGUGCUUUAGAUAAACAUAUUGUAUAUUUUUAUUAAGAAAUCUUUUGGAUUAACGAUGAUCUGGAUUGUUUAUAACUAAUAAUUCAUAUU